CCCGUCACGCUGGCACCACCGGAGGCCGGCGCCGGCGUACACUAUCGCGGCACCAUCUUUUAUCCACCUUCUCUCAACUUCUUUCCCCAAGCUCAGCUCAGCUACGACACUCGGAUCUAGAAGGGGGAAGGGCAAGCAGAAGAAUCGAGACCCCGGGGCGGGGCGUAAACGGACUACGACGUGGAGACUAGGACUGCAUGUUGUUCAAAGUCCCGCUGUCAACAAACAAAACGCCCAGUUCUCUUGCUGCCCGCAACGUCAACAUAAGAAGACAUGGCACCUGCCAUCUCCGACAUAGUCAGACGAGAAGAAGCAAGAAUACAAACAACAUUUCAAGCAACAACGACAACAGCAACAGUAACAACAUCCCCAUCACAUACAUCACCAGCACAAACAACAUCACCAAUAACACCUACGCCAACACCAAUAGACGCAAGCAACGGCAUCGGCGGCACACCAGGAAACAUUGAAUCCCCCUCCUCCGCUGGAACAACAACGAUCCUCAUCAUCGUCAUUCUCUGCUGCGCAUCCGCCAUCAUGUCGGCGACAUUAUUCUACAUCUUUGACCGCAAAAAGAACGCCCAGUUCCGCGAGGCGUGUAAGCGGGACCCCUACCUCACGCGGAAAGAAUUCGCCCGCCGGCGCAAGCUCAGCGCCCUGGAGAGGCUCGAAGAAGAGGAGCUGCAGCGGAGCAUCAUGAUUCGCAAGUCGCUUGCGAGUCGCGGGCCGUCGAGGAGUAAUAGCUGCGAGGACGUGUUUGAUCUCUCUUCGAUGCAGGAGCAGCACCACCGCCGCCACCACCACCAGAUGACGAAUAUGGAUAUGCCGGAGCCCCCGCGGGGCAGGCAGCAGAUGAGGGAGCAUCAGGAGCUACACCAUGAGCGACAAAUAUCUGGGGAGUGGGCGCCUAGUGAGGGGAGGAGCAGGUCCGGGUCCGAGACUUCGAGCUCGGCUUCAUCUGCGAGACGGGCCUAUGCUGGACCGGACUGCUCCGGUAUGGAUGCCGAGGGGCCCGGGGUCCCACUGGCGCCGGAGUCGAGUGGAUCGGGGCCGAGUCGGUCGGUGCUGGACAAGGAGACUGCGCCGCCGCCGAUUCACCCGAUGGAGAAAAUAACACGACCGUUACCGGCCGUUCCGAGAGCUGAUGGCUCUUCACACUUUUCAUGAAGCUAGGUCUGGAGGUGGGCAUGAUGAGCAUGUUUGAGCGGUGAAAUGGCUCUACCUUUUAAGUCGGGGCCUGAAGA